AUGGGCACAUCUCAAUCGCGAUUGGGUGGGUCCCGUCUACAGGAUGGAGAGCUUCACAGGGAUCAAGAAGCGUUCGAUGGGAGUCUGAACGAAGUCUCUGAUGGACCUCCUAUUCCAUCCUCUUCCAUUCAUCGGCAACGCGGCGGCGGCGGCGGCGAGUCAUCCAAGAGAGGACGAGGAUCCAUUACGGCCAGUUCAUCUGCCAGUCUCAAUGGAUCGAAAAAGGGCAACAAGAGGAGGAAUAUUCAGUCUGAAGACGAGCUCCCUGCUCCGGCGUUAGCGGCAGACCCAUCGAACACAUCUCAACCUACAUCCUCGCUUAGACCAACCCCAUUGGCCUCUACACGUACGCGAUCACGCACUUCCAUCCUCUCUCGACCUGUCUCUCAAUCCUCCACUGAGAUCCGAUCAGGCGGAGCUCUGCAUCGAGUCAUGUCUCGCUUGAGGUCGCAUCGUUCAGCUUCAUCGAAUAGUCUCGCAUCGACAGGAAUCACAGCCAGUGCCGCGGCAACGCCAAACUUGGCGACGCGACCUGCACCCAUCACUCUGCACUCUACACCCUCGCUUCCUACCUCUCCAGGCCCUCCAGUCCUCCUCUCCCAUCUCAUCUCUCCUUCCCUGUCAUCAGCUCAGAAUGAUCAACCCUCCUCGGCGACCCUGGACCCUCAGCAGAUCGCUCGUCCUGACAAUACGACACUAUCAAUGGACGACCUCGUCAAGCGGAUCACAGAGAUCGAAAGCGAUCUCGGACCUCGCAUCAUGUCAAUCUUUGAAGAUGCAGGCGAGACGGACGCAGAGAGAACAUGUUCGACAAACUUGGUCAAAUUGUACGAUCACAUGAGUUCGGAAACUCAGCAAGGGAGGACAUUGGAAGAAUUCGAUCAUAUGCGACGAGCCUCGGAACAGCUUCUUCAGUACAGAAUUCAGCGACAACAGAUUGAAAAUCAUCGUUUGAGGGAGGAGAAUGAUCGACUUAGACAGGCUGAAGCGAGGUUGGAAGAGAUUCUCAGGGACACAGAAGCGGAGCAACAAAAUCCUCUGGCCCGGACCGAUUCACCGUCAGACGGAUCCAGUACGACCCCUCGCGUACCAGCUGGAGCUGUCCUUGUCAUUCAAGGUCUAGUUCAAACUCGAGCAGAAAUCUCAGAGAGCGAAACGAGCACCGGUGCCACAGCGAAUUCCGAUACUCAGUCCUUAUCUGGAGUCGGUUCAGCGUCAGACCAUGGUGCAGAGUCAGAAGAAGAAAUCUCAGCAUCGUGGCCGCGACGAUCGCGAAGAUUGGCCAAUCGGGGCCAAGCAUCCAGGCGUUCAAGUGCGAACACUGAUGUUUCGGAACUGAGCCUAGAAGCCCAAGUCCGAACCAUUGGUAACCUCCUCAAUGUCGCAGCGGCAGCCAUCUCUACGACCUUGUUGACUCCUGAGAACUCUUUGCGGAAUCGAACCCGGCCAAGACCUUCAGUUAGCAGCACUAUCACCUCGUUUCUCGAUCGUUUCAGAAGUCCAAGGCGAACCAGCAGUCCCAAUGUCGAAGCUGCCAUUGGGGACUAUCUGCGAAACGCCCUCAGGGAUUCGAGCGGAAACUACACCAACCCGGGUGGAACAUCUAGUGAGAGCUCGACAACCAUUUCCGGAGACGGUGGACUGGACCUUGUCACAACUGUCUCAGACGAGUUCAGGGGCUUCCUCGAAGGUCUUCAGAGAGACCUGGUCGAAUCACUGAGGGAAUUUUCACUCCCCAGUACCGAAACCAGUACGUCUCAGUCGCCAGACAUACCUCAGACGGAAGAUGAUCUGUCGCCCGCGAUGGACCCAGUCGAUUCGGAUGCGCCUGUGAUGUCCACGCCGCCAGCUCAAGACGUGCACAAUGCGAUUCCAACCUUCCAUCAUCAGCCUGGGCAGAACCCGCUUCCCACUGUCCAGGGCGAUGCAACUCGAACGCGCACGGGGAUAUCGGGAGGUCACGAUGGUCUGCCUCGCCGACUAAACUUUUUCCGCGCUCAUCUUUUCCCUCCCGUCCGAGGGACCGAUCCGUCGAUACCUGCCGGACCAGACGACCAAGACGCCAUGGUCCCGUGUGUAUUUGUCGGCGUCCAAUCUAUUCGUCAUGGGCCAGAUGUGACUGCAGAAGAAAUGAUCAAUCAUCCUGACUUCCCAUUCCCCGAUGGACAAGUGCCACCUCGAGCGGCGGCUGGAACUCCAGCUUCCGAAGCUCCACCAGGCACACCAGAGGAUGACAUGACUCCAGGGGAGAUGCUCGACUCGGCUUUCGCCUCAUUGUCCAGCAAUCAACCUGUCGACUCGGCGUUGCCUUCCCCGGCCAAUCUCGAAGCACCACCCCCAUCUCCUCUCUCCGGCGCGUCACCAACAUUCUUGCCUCCCGUGACUCGACCACGUCGACCAUCAUUACGCUCUCGAAUAAGCAGGAUGAUCUCGACUGCACGCCCCGACCCGCCUCCUCCGUCGGGUCAGGCUAACACCUAUCUGGUGUACGUGAUUGGGGGCAAUUAUCCUCGAAACCACCCUAUCCUUCGAAUCCCUGCACUCAUGACGGGCGAUCCACUGACUGACGAAGAUAUGACUUUGAUUGGCGAGCUACUUGGCAAUGUCAAGCCCCCCGUUGCGACUCGGGAAGAGAUCGAAAGUGCGGGAUUGAGAAUUGUCAAGGGGUCCGAAAUGGUGUCAUUGGGAGAAAAGGGCGAGAUACUCCACAAUUGUCUCGAAAGGUGUUUGAUCUGCUUGUCGGAUUAUGAACCUGAGGACGACUGUCGAAUCCUGAAAUGUCGUCAUGCGUAUCACAAGCCGUGUGUAGAUCAAUGGCUGAGUCAAGGAAGAAACAGUUGUCCAGCAUGUCGUACAGAGGCUGUCAACAAAUCGAGCCCGUCGACGCGAUCGACAGCGGGACCAGCGCAAGACUCUAAUAUCGCUGAGACAGCUGACCAACCUACCACGUCCAGCAUCAAUCUCCAGGAAGUGGAUUGA